UUGGCAUGCAGCGAUUGGUCGCCAGAGUUUUAGGGUAAGGCAUUAGACCCACGAGCUUCCGUGAUGCUACUCUGCGGGGCUUGCUGCUGAAGUCACUUCGCCGUGAAGUAGGGGAAAGAGAUUGCGAAUAGCAUAAUGGAAGAAGCUGGAAUUUGUGGGCUAAGGGAGGAAGCAGGUGUGUUGUGUAACUCAGUAUCAAACGAUAUUCUUCAACAUCAACACUCAAACCAUGGUGGCACAGGUAAUAAACAUUUAUUGGAAGACAAAGAAGGUGACUUUAUAACACAGAACAGGGGUGGGGUGAGCCCAGCAUACUGCACACAAGAGUCAAGAAAGCGUCCUGAGCAAGAAGCAGUCCCUCCCUGUGGUCAACAAGAUUUGGAAUGCAACAUGAACAAAGAAAAAGUCUUAGGAAAAGAAGUUUUAUUAUUGAUGCAAGCCCUAAACAUUCUUUCAACUCCAGAGGAGAAGCUGGCAGCUCUCUGUAAGAAAUAUGCUGAUCUUCUGGAGGAAAGGAGGAAUGUUCAGAGACAAAUGAAAAUUCUUCAGAAAAAGCAAGCUCACAUUAUCAAAGAGAAAGUUCCUUUGCAGAGUGAACACAGCAAGACCCUCUUGGCAAGAAGCAAGCUAGAGUCACUUUGCAGGGAACUUCAGCGUCAAAAUAAGACAUUAAAGAAAGAAUAUAUGCAGCAGAGAAAAAAGGAGGAAGAAGGCCUUAAAGAAGCUACUGCACAUUUCCAAAUUACUUUAACUGAAAUUCAAGCCCAGCUGGAACAGCACGAAAUACACAAUGCCAAACUCCAGCAGGAGAACACUGAACUGGGAGAGAAACUGAACAAGCUCACAGACCAAUAUGCAUUGAGGGAAGAGCAAAUUAAUAAAGCACUUAAACAUAAGGAAUUACAACAACAGUGUGUGGAUGCCAGACUUCGACAAACAGCAGAGCUGAUAAAAGAAGCUGAUGAAAGAUAUCAGAGAGAGAGAGAGUUUUUAUUAAAAGAAGCAACAGAAUCGAGGCACAAAUAUGAAGAAAUGAAACAACAAGAAGUACAGCUGAAAGAGCAGCUUUUCAUUUAUAUGGAUAAGUUUGAAGAAUUCCAGACUACCAUGGCAAAAACCAAUGAACUCUUUACAGCCUUCAAGCAGGAAACUGAAAAGCUGACAAAGAAAAUUAAAAAACUGGAAAAAGAAAUGGUAAUGUGGUGUACCAAAUGGGAAAAUAAUAAUAAAAUACUUCUGCAAAUGGCUGAAGAGAAAACUAUUAAUGAUAAAAAUUAUAUGAUCUUUCAAAUAAAAUUGGAGCGGUUAGAGAAGCUGUACAAGGCUCUUCAAAUAGAAAGGAAUGAGCUCAGUGAGAAAGUAGAAGUUCUGAAAGGGCAGGUCUCUGUGAAAGUAGCAGAUGUAGAUUUAGCAGUGCCUGUCAUGCAUUCCUGUGCUGCCCUGGAUUCUUCCAUUGUGCUGAACACUUCCUCUAGAAGAGCCCCAGGAGUCCACUUGGAGGCUGACCCCAAAGGAAUGAAUGAACUGAAAUGCUACCCAAAAGUUCUUUCCACAGGAUCUCUUCUAGGUGUUGAUUUAGAUGAAGUAUGAUUAUUGUACUGAUGGAUAUAUUUUGUGAACACAUUUCUCUGUUACUUUUAACUGUUUGUUUGGUAAUGAAAAUGUCCUCUACUUUUUCUAUUAUAUCUGUAUUUUUUUAGAACUAGUAGACAAUGUGGUACAGAAAGCUGCUUUCCAAACUGUUGUGCAUCAGCCUCAUUUUCCACCUUUGUUGGAAUGCAAAUUUUCAUUGCCUUGUCCUUUCAGUGUCUAUGUUUGUAUAUUCAUUACCUUAAAUUAUCUGAAUUUGAGGCUUUUUUGUAAUGAUUUCCUCAUGUUUAAUCAAAUACUAAUUUAAACUCUGUAGCCCAUAAUUUAUAUGUAAAAAAAUUAAAUGCUGA